AUGCUAUCCAUCCAGAUCUCAGAUUACGCCACCCCUGAAAAGUACGAGGUGGGCGAACUGGCUGCACCGGUCGUGGAAAGCCCCCAAGACGUGAUUAUCAAAGUUCACGCGGCAAGCGUGAAUCCAAUUGAUGUCAAAAAGGCAGCGGGCGCGUCCAAAGUCGUGUUGAAGGAUACCUUUCCGUAUAAAAUUGGCUACGACUGUGCCGGGACCGUGGUCGAAGUUGGAUCUCAGGUCUCCCGAGUCAAAGUCGGCGAUGAGGUAUAUACGCGACUUCCGGAAUGCCAUCGAGGAGCUUGGAGUGAGCUGGCAAAGACGACGGAGGAUUUCGUCGCCUUGAAGCCAACCUCGUUGUCCAUGGAGGACGCAGCAUCGAUUCCUCUGGCGGCCAUGACUGCCUUGCAAGCUCUUCGCAGAUACCCAGGAGAUCUUUCCGGGAAAACCGUGUUUGUUCCAGCUGGACUGAGCGGAACCGGCCUUUUCGCCUGUCAAUUAGCCAAAAACGUCUUCAAGGCGGGCAGAGUGGUCACAACCGUAUCGACCGCUAAAGUCGCUCGUGUGAGCGAGCUUCUCGGCGAUGGCGUUGUAGACGAAAACACACCUGAAUCUGACCGACUCGGACAAACUCCCCCUCGUUUCCGCGGGGUCUUUGUUCUGCUUUUUCUAGUCAUCGAUUACACCAAACAAGAUCCAAAGACCGUCAUCCCUUCCCAGUCAAUCGACUUUCUCUUUGACACCAUGGGCGACUCCAUGAACUAUCUCAUGCUGAUGCGUCCCAAAGGGGCCAUCGUUACAAUCUCCAUCCUCACGUCGGGGGAUGUCCUCCAGAAUUCAGGCCUGAUGCGACGCUCGCCCGAUAAAGAUGACAAGGCGAUUGUGCCGUUUCCCGUUCGUGUCACAUUGAACCUAUUAGAUCGGAUUCGGACCUUCCGUGCCUCGCGCUACGGGGUCGAGUAUUCAGCGAUUUUUCUCGAACCAAACGCCCAAGAUCUGGAUUCGCUUCGUGAAUGGAUUGAUGCUGGAAAAUUGCGCACAGUCGUGGGCAACGUUGUGUCUGUGAAGGAUGCCGAGGCUGUGCGGAAAGCGUGUCAAGUGGUGUAUGAUUCCAAGGGAGGCGUGGGGAAAUCGGUCAUAGUUUUUGUAUAG